AUGGACGACUACGAUCCAAACUCAAUCCCCCCUAUCCCCCAGCGCUACCGGAAUCUUCAAACCCCUGAACCUCAGCCGCGGAACCGCUCUCUCCCACCACCUCCUCCUUCGCGCCACGCCGAUGCCGUUCCCAGCUCUCCCGAGGUCAUCUCUUCUCUCAUCACCAGCUUUGCUGUCAUAACCAAGCCCGCCGACCAACACUUUGAGCGCAGCACCCCGAGCUUAUCAGUCCCUGCAACACCUCGCCAAGGCAGCUUUGGAGUCGACUACGGCGCCUUUCACCAGCCCUCCCUCGAACAACUCCGGAAAGAGAGCCUACCCCUCGACGAAAUCGCCGCAUCCGCCCCCGUUAUCCGAACCGCCAAACCCCCCUCCGGAUUCUCGCCCUUGACCGCUCCCAAGUCUUCUCCCGCCCGCGACGGAUCCGGCGGCCUCAAGUCCCUCUUGCGAAGCUCUUCCAGGCCCUCUUCCAAAGGCUCACUCGGGUCGCGAGACGAUGCGCAGAGCAUAGGCAACCUUUCAGUAGAACGUGGUUCUGCGCCCACCCCAGAGCUCAAGAGACAGCGCUCAUUUGAUAGUUGGGGUAAGAAGCAGGGUAGGAGUCACAGGGGCUUGAUGUAUAUGAGCUCCAAGGAACGACUACGAGAAAAGGAAGAAAAGAAACGCGCGAGCAUCGGCGACCGCAGUUCCAGCAGCUUCACGGGAGCUUCCUUACGACCCGACCCUUUUCUCGCCGAGACGCCCAUUAGCGAAGAGCCCGCCUACACGCCAGACUCACCCACCCGAGGAAGCGCCCGCAAACACCACGAAAUGGCGAGCCCCGGCCCCGAAUCCGCCAGCAGCCCUAGAGCGAUUCCCGCGCGAGACUCGUCCCUCUUCAAGACGGGAGCGAAUGCGAAGAGAUCAUCUACGAGAUCCUCUAGGUCAAAGAGAGAAAGCGCCAAUAGCACCAACGAAAUAAUAUUUGAAGGAGAAGAACAGACUUCGAAUUCGCGGGAGGCACCUAGGCGGAAACACUUGUCUCGCCAUGCUUCCGAAAACGACCUCGCUAGAGCAUCGGCCGACGCAUCCGGAAGGUCUUUCAGCCGCCCUUUCUUCGAGUCUAGGCAUACGGAAAACUUCCUAACAACAGGACCGUUAUUUGAAGAAGAGGAUGUGGAGGAUAGUGCGCCGUUCCCCGCUGUCGCUCAAGGUCGUCGUCGGGAUGAGCAGAUCGCCAGCAGACGAAAAUCAACACGCGAGGCCCCAGACGCAGGCGAACCCAUCAAGAUGAAGCGCAGUAGCUCCAGGCUCAAGCGGCUCUCUCAGCCGUUGAGUCCCAAAGGAGAUGAAUCACAGGCGAGCUCACGUAACUCGGCAGCGUCGCCCGACCCACGCAACAGCAUGCCGGCCGGGUAUGAGCGUCCCCGCAGUGCAGACUCGAUUGAUGACGCUGUCGAAUCGUACCUGUGCUCACCUCGACUGUCGCAAAAGAUUCGACAUCCGCAGACCGGACGUGUGAUUUCCUUUUCCGAGGUGGGAGAUGCAGAUGGCUCGGCCGUUUUUUGCUGUGUGGGAAUGGGAUUGACGAGAUAUAUCACGGCCUUUUACGACGAGCUCGCGUUGACGCUGAAGCUUCGUCUCAUUACACCCGAUAGACCUGGUGUGGGCGACAGCGAGUCGUACGCCGACGGAACCGCGACGCCACUCAGCUGGCCCGAUGAUGUCUAUGCUAUUUGCCAGGCCUUGAAGAUUACCAAGUUUUCGAUCCUCGCCCACUCCGCCGGCGCCAUCUACGCGCUGGCUACAGCUCUCCGGAUGCCCCAGCAUAUCCGGGGAAAGAUCCAUUUGCUCGCGCCCUGGAUCCCACCCUCGCAGAUGAACGUUUUUGGCACGUCGCAGGCGCUGCCACCCACAAACGCGAUUCCUACUUCGCAACGCAUUCUACGAGCGCUUCCGACAACGUUCUUGAAGGCUGCCAACAGCUCGUUCAUGUCUGCGACGAGUAGUUCCAUCACCAGUUCGCUGCCCAAGAAUCCCAGACGCAGCAAGCGCAAAUCCACCGCCACCACUGGCCGGGACACCCCGGCGACGCAUGGGAGCAAGCGGGACACGACACCCCACCUCGACAAGGAAAACCUUGGCUUGAAUUUUGAUCGCAACAGCACAGGCGACGACCUCUCGGGUAGACCCAUGCUGCCCGCCACAGAGACGAUGGAUAGAAUCAGGCCAACCGGCACGGCAUCGGCGCAGGGGCACUACGAUGCCGAUGCGCAGGUCAUUGCCGCCGCGUCGGAUGCAUUGAUGGAUAAGGAGCGCCAGACGAUUUACGACACGAGAUUGACGCACGCCAUCUGGGAGCUGGCCACAACGGGAGCCAACCCUGCCGUCGACCUACUGGUCUGCUUGGAACGCAGACACACGAUCGGUUUCCGAUACGUUGAUAUUACACGGCCUGUCGUUAUACACCACGGUAGCCGCGACACGCGCGUGCCAGUUGACAAUGUCAAAUGGCUCGGCAAGACGAUGAAGCGCUGCGAGGUGCGCGUUCUUGAAGGCGAAGGUCACGGCUUGAUGGCGAGCGCUGGCGUUAUGGGCGCGGUGCUCAUGGAGAUUAGCAAGGAAUGGGACGACUGGCUGCGAGCCACGUCCAAAAAGGACGACCGCGGCCGGAGAACCGGUACGCGGUAA